AUGGCUCCCAGCAGAAUUGGGACGACUGCAAAAGCUUUCCUCUGACUCCCCGCUUGUGCUCCUCCCGUGUUGUGUCCUGUCUUCCCCCCGGGCUCGUAACCCCCUCCCUUUGCCAGUCACCUGAGUCGCAACCAGCUCACAUGGCUCCCAGGAGAACUGGGACGACUUCCCAAGCUCAUCCACCUCCUCAUGGACAACAACCGGCUGAACCAGACCUUUCCAGCAGGGCUCAGUGGCUCCAGGAGCCUCGAGAUCAUCCAUCUGAGCAACAACACCAUUCAGGGCCGCCUACCACCGACUCUCGACCUCCCGCAACUGCAAGACCUGUCCAUGAACAACUGCUCCAUGCCGCCUCAGCCACUCCCCUCCCUUGCGGGCCUCCCAGCCCUCUGCUACCUCGAUUUGAGCCGCAACAACUUCCGCGGCUCAGUGCCGCUUUCUCUCUUCAGCAGCCACCCAGAGCUCGUGACCCUCAAUCUCGCCAGGAACCAUCUCAGCAGCUACCUCCCUCCCGUGGUGGCCUCAGCCAACCUCACCCGGCUCCACUCCAUUAUCCUCUCCGACAACAACCUGACGGGCCGUGUGCCUCUCUUGGACACCCUCCUGCCAUCGCCACCAUCUCCCCUCUUCGACAACCACUUCACAUGGGCGUCUGCCGCCCUGCUCAGCAAUGAGAACGUCACCCUGCAGCUCUACGGCAAUGAUCUCUGUGUGCCGUACCGCCCCGAGGUCACUGCUGCCUGCUCCCCUCCGCGUGACAUCAUGCAGUACCAGCCGCCCCCCAUCUGCGACCACCUCUCCUGCCCCUCCCUGUACUCGCCCAGCCCUCCUCUCCUCGCCCUGUCCAACGUCUGCACCUGUGUGUCGCCGCUGGAGGUUGAGCUCAAGCUCACGCACCACAGUAUGCAGUGUUCAAUGACGAGCUUGGCGGACCUGCUUAUAAAGAGGAUAGCGGAGAGUCUGGGCAAGAACGGGAUCGGCAUCUCGACUGGGCAGAUCGCCAUAGUGUCAGCGGACGGCUCCAUCCUCUCCCCUUCCAGCAUCACCACCACCAUCCGUUUCUUCCCCCCUCCCUCCUCUUCCUCUCUCUCCUCCUCCUUCGCUUCCUCCUCCCCCCCCCGCUGCUUCCCCCCGUCUUCUUCCUCCUCCUCCUCUUACUCCCCCCCCCCUCUUUCCCCUUACUCCUCCCCCACUUCCUCCUCCUCCUCGUCCUCCCCCCCCUCCUCUCCGCCUCCACCCUCUUCCCCUUCCUCUUCCUACGGCACUUACUCCUUCACCCCUGGUGCCACCAUCAGCACCACUGCCAGCACCACCGCAAGGGUCAGCAGCGACACCAGCACCACUGCCAGCAGCAGUGGCAGCAGCAGCAGCAGCAGCAGCGCUACCACCAGCAGCAGUGGCAGCGGCAGCAGUGCAUGGCAGCCAGCGGAUCAGCCACAGGAGAUAAGAGAGGCGUUUGUGUGGCACAAGGUGAUGCUGGGGCCUGACUUCGGGCCGUUUACAGUGGAGGCUAUUGCCCCUAGUGGGGGCGGCGGCAUGUCAACUGCUGCGAUCGUGGGCAUUGUGGUGGGGGGAGUGGUGGCACUUGCGCUAAUUGUGCUGCUGCUGAGGAAAGACCUGUGGACCCCGGAGGACUACAAGGCGAUCGAGGGCCUGCAGAGGCUGGGAGUGCAUCGGUGCAAGCUCAAGGAGAUAGAGGACGCCACCCAGGGGUUCAAGACGCUGCUGGGGGAGGGCGGAUACGGACAGGUGUACAGGGGAGUGCUGGCUUCGGGGGACGUGGUGGCAGUGAAACGAGCCAAGGGGCAUGUGAAGCUGUGCGGCACGGAGUUCCGCAACGAGAUCACGCUGCUCUCAGCGGUGCGCCACCGCAACCUGGUGCAGCUGAAAGGCUUCUGUGUGGAGGAGGGCGAGCAGCUGCUGGUGUACGAGUUCAUUGAGAAGGGCACCCUGGAAGACAUGCUGCGACCCGACUCAAAGCACCCGCUGACGUGGCGUCAGCGGGUUAACAUCGCCUGUGGGGCAGCCAAUGGCUUCGCCUACCUGCACCACCAGAUCAAGCCACCCAUCAUCCACCGCGAUGUGAAGACGGCCAACAUCCUGAUCACAGCAGACCUGGAAGCCAAGGUGGCUGACUUCGGCAUCUCCAAGGCCGUGCCUGAAGAGGCAGAGGGGAAGCUGGAGACACAAGUCAAGGGCACAGUGGGCUAUCUCGAUCCUCAGUACUUCCUGUGCGAUCUCUUAACCGAGAAGAGUGAUGUCUUCAGCUUCGGCAUCGUCCUCCUAGAGCUGGCCACGGGCCUUCGCCCCGUAACGGGCGGCGAGCACAUCAGGAGAAUCGUGGUUGAUAGGAUUACCAACCAUGGCGGCGUGUUCAGUGUCAUGGACCCAAGACUUAAAGCCAUGUGCGAGCAGCAGCGGGCGGGGGAGGGAAGCGGGGGCGGAGGCGGAGAAGGGGGAGGUGCUAAGGGAGGGGGGGGAGAGGUGGGGCUGUGUGAUAGUGAGGCGUUGCAGGAGACGUUUGAGUGGUUUCUGCGGCUUGGGAUGCGGUGCAGUCUCAAGCAGGCACAGAACCGACCCGACAUGCAGCAAGUGCUAAAGGAACUCGAAGCCAUCAGGCGCCGGCUGGACCACCGCUCCUCUGAUUUGCGCAGCGGCAGCGGCGGCGGUGCUGGUGGUGGUGGUGCAGCUGGUGGUGGUGGUGGUGGUGGUGGGAGGGACGAUGGGGAAUGGUAUCAUGCGGAGAAGGGGGAAACUGUGAGUGGAGUGAAGUCGCGGGCGAGUGACAAGUUUUGGGCGGAGAUUGCUGCCACGGCGUCCAAGGGAGGCCCGAGCGGGUAUGCGGAGCGAGGGGAUGGGGAGGAGGAGGAUGAGGAGGAUGAACAUUCGUGGUUUGAGGAUCUACUGCGGAAGCAGAGAGGAGGGCAGGGGGGGCCGGGGGGAGGGAGAGGCGGAGGAGGGGGAGGGGGAGGGGAUGGGGAGAACAACACGGGCAGCAGCAGUGGGAGUGUGUGGAGGGGGACGACUGCGGGCACUCCCACGAGUGCUGGUGAUGGGGUGACUGUGACUUUCAGCGGCACUGCCGUGCAGUCUGAAGUGAUUCCCAGGUGAAACUGGGGAGGGGAUGGGGCAGGGGAUGGAGAGAACAACACAGGAAGCAGCAGUGGGAGUGUGUGGAGGGGGACGACUGCGGGCACUCCCACGAGUGCUGGUGAUGGGGUGACUGUGACUUUCAGCGGCACUGCCGUGCGGUCUGAAGUGAUUCCCAGGUGAAAGAGGGGGGAGGAGGAGAGGCAGGGGUGGGGGACAACACGGGCAGCAGCAGUGGGACUCCAACGAGUGCUGGCGAUGGCGAUGGGGUGACUGUGACCUUCAGUGGGACUGGCGUGCAGUCUGAAGUGAUUCCCAGGUGAAAGAGGAGGGAGGUCGGAGGGGCAGGGAUUGGGGGACAACACAAGCAGCAGCAGAGGCAGUCUGUGGCGGCGGGGAAUGAUGGGGGGUACUCACACGCGCCAGUGAUGGGGUGACUGUGACUUUCAGCGGCACUGCCGUGCUGUCUGAAGUGAUUCCCAGGUGAAACGGGGGAAGGGUAGGAGGAGCAGGGGUGGGGGACAAUAUGGGUAGCAGCGGUGGGACUCCAACGAGUGCUGGCGAUGGCGAUGGGGCGACUGUGACUUUGAGCAGCACUGCCGUGCAGUCUGAGGUGAUUCCCAGGUGAAAGAGCGGGGAGGAAGGGGGGAUAGGGGCUGGGAAAGAGACAGGGAAUGGGGUGGGCAUGGGAUGGUGUCGGCACGAGCACCAGAAGUGAGCGUGUGUGGAGGGGGACAACAGGGGGAACUCCCAUGAGCGCUGGCGAUGGGGUGACUGUGAAUUUCUGUGGGACUGGCGUGCAGUGUGAAGUGAUUCCCAGGUGACAGAGGGGGAGUUGGCAGGGGCAGGGGC